AUGGCCUUUCUGCACAGCCGCUGCUUCGUCCACGGGGACAUGAAGCCGUCAAACAUCAUGUGGUUCGGGCCGCGAGACCGAUGGAAGAUCAUUGACAUGGAUGGCUUGCGAACGCCCUCCGAGGUCGUGGACAUGCGGGACGCCGAGUUUUACACGGCGAUCUACGCCGCCCCUGAAAUCGCCCGGGCCGUCGCCGAGGAAGGCCCGCUGCGGCUCUCCCGGCGCCUGGACGUCUGGUCAGUCGGCCUCUCCGUGCUGGAGAUGAAGCUUCUAAGGCCUGCCUUCCAAUCCAAGUGGGAAGCUUGCUGUGGGGACGGCGACGGCGAGCAGGGGACUCCCUCCGGUGGCCCCCGCGAGUUCUUCCGCUGGCUGGGCUCCUCGGCCGACCCCUUGGGAGACGCGAGGGGCCUGUGCGAGUCCGAGGUUCUCCAAGUGGUCGCCGGCCGCAUGCUGCUCCUGGACCCCCUGGAGCGCGCCUCGCCGGCGCAGCUCCAGCAGGAGCCGGCGCUGAGCGGCCCCCUCGGAGCCCUGGCGAAGCCAGCGCUGGCCGAGGAGGCGCCCGAGGAGCCGAAGGCGAAGCCCAAGUCGGCCUGGCAGCUCUUCCAAGAGGCGCACAAGGCCGAGGUGCUGGAGGAGGGCUUCCUGGGGCCCAAGGUGGUGCAGGAGCUGCACCGGCGGUGGAAGCAGCUGCAGGCCGAGGGAGGGGAGGAGCUGGCGCAGCUCAAGGCCCGCGAAGCGGAGAUGCGGAGCUGCCUGCCAGACGCGCGGUGA